AUGGCCAUGAUGUCACCCAAUCCCGAGGUGCGCUUCUCGCGCAGCUCGCGCUGGGUCUUGGCUCUGGUGGCUUUGGUCCUUGGGGCCCCAUGGCUCAGUGCUUUUACCUCCGUCUCGCGGCCAUUGUCACCCCACGCGAGAAGCCGGGCGAUUGCACGCCGCGCGGAGGCCGACGACUCCGAGGUUGUAGAUGUGGAGGUGGAUGACGUAGAGGAGGAUGACUAUGAGGAUGAAGACGUGGACAUGCCAGAGGCCAAGUCAGUUCUCGAUGCAGGGAGUAACAGGUACACUUCUGAGAGAUACCGGGGACAGAAGUACAAGAUCUGGCCCGACAACACGUACGUCAGCGCAGAGACGGAAGAGAAGGGCAAGUGGAACAGCUACUUCCAUAUGCCAGAGUCGGAGGUUGAGAGGAAAAAACCUAAGUUGAUGUACGAGUACUUCAAGCAGCUCCGCAGACUGCGGAGGAAGAUGGGCAACUGCCGCUACCGCAAUGGCCAGUUGAAGUUUGUGGUCAUGAUGCGAAAACAUCCCUUCACGAAAGAGGUCUACGGCUCCAGAUAUGCUGAAAACCCCGAGUGGGUCCAGAUGCCUGGUGAGCAACGGCUCAAGAGGCAGAAAGAGCGCGCACGGGAGCUCGAGCGCAAGCUUCGACUGGAAGCAGAGGAGCUUCGCAUGGAGAAGCUCCAAAAGAUGGGUGUUUGGACGGGCAAUCCCGAGUGGCGCAAGGCCACCGUCCCCGAGCGACAGGUGUGCGAGGAGCUCUCGAGCAGCGCCUGGCUUCUUGAGCGCAAGGGUGAGGAGGCGGCGGCUGUACUGGCGACGGAGGUCUUCUUGGGGAAGGAGAAGGUCAUCAUGCCAGCGACAAAGAAAGACAUUGAGAAGCGCAGGAAGGUGGUGCUACAGCGCAUUUGCGAGACGCGUCAGCUCUAUGAUGCUGUCGCUGCACCUGAGGUUGAUGACUUGUACUACUUGUGCUUGUUCUCCGACAUGGGUGUCCGGUCUCUGCGGGAUUUGCGAGCCACGCAUCUGCCGCUCCUCCGGCGGAUUCAAGAUGUCGUGGUCCCAGGGCUGGCCGAGAAGCACGGAGCGUCGGCCUCGUCUUUGUUGGCCUAUGUACAUUACCAUCCGACGUUCUGGUAUUUCCAUGUUCACAUUGUGAAUUCUCGCCACGCGAUGUUUCAGAAUGAGAAGUCCUCCGAGAAUUUGCUGCUGAUUGCCAUGGACCGAUAUCACAAGUUGCAGACGAUCAUCGCGCUGUUGAUGGCACAGGACACUUAUUUCGCUGGCGCAGAAUUGACCGUUCUGCUUCCUCCUCACAAAGCUGAGACCUAUUUAUCAGCCUAG